AUGGCAAGAGUAGAUGUUGCUUGGAAGAGUACUAAACAAUCUGGUGUUUCGAGUUCAACCAUGUUUUCAGAAUACAUAGCUUGCUAUAAAGCCACUUCUCACGCAGUAUGGCUAAGGAAUUUUAUUAAAGACAUUAAGGUGGUGGACUUGAUUUCUAGACCAAUACUGAUAUAUAAUGACAACAUUACGAUUGUUUUUCAUUGCAUGAACAAUAAGAUGUCGUAUGGACUUCAGCAUAUUGACAGAAAAUAUUUAACAGUGGAGGAGGUAGCGAACAAACUAGUCAGGUUUGAUCAUAUCAAAACUCAAGAUAUGAUUGCAGAUCCGUUCACAAAGUUUUUGCCUUCAGUAGCUUUUCCGAGACAUGUUGAGAGCAUGGGAUUAUUUCCUAGCUUUGAUGCUGCAAUUUAG